AUGUCAAAGGCGAAUGCCUUGGAAAGGGAAAAUGUGAGUGUGCUCCACACAUUUAUCCUGCUGGGCUUCUCAGAGUUUCCCUGGCUGGAGAAGGCCCUCUUUGCAGUGGUCUUGGUCUCCUUACAUCCUCAUCCUGGUGGGGAACAGCUCCAUCAUCCUCCUCUCCCUGGUGGACCCCAGACUCUGGACACCCAUGUACUUCUUCCUGGACAACCUCUCUCUGCUGGACCCUGGUGUGACCUGCGCCAUUUUGCCCCAGUUUCUGGCCAACCUGUGGGCACCAGACAAGACAUUGCUGCCUGGGGUUGCAUCUCACAGUCCUACCUCUUUCACUGGAUAAGCUGCGUCAAAUGUGCCCUAACAGCCGUGAUGGCUAUUGAUCACUAUUUGGCCAUCUGCUGGCCCCUCCAGUACACUCUCAUCAUGCGUCCCUGGGUCUGUGUGCAGAUGGCAGCUGCCUCCUGGUCCAGUGGCCUGGCCAAUGCUCUGCUCCAAGCCACAUCCAUCCUACAGCUGCCUCUCUGUGCACCACACACCCUGGACCACUUCUUCUGUGAGGUGCCUGUGCUCAUCAACCUGGCCUGUGGAAACACCUCUGCUAAUGAGCUGGCCCUGACUGUAGGAGAAAUAACUUUUGCAAACUUGGCUCCACUACUCGUGGUCAUCUCCUACACCCUCAUUGGUAGGGGUCUAUGGAAGUUACCUUCAGCUGAAGGAGGCACAAAGCACUCAGCCACUCAGCACCUGCAGUUCCCACUUGCUGGUUGUCACCAUGUACUUCGGCCCCAGCAUCUACCUGUUCCUCUAGCAUCCAUCCAGGAGUUCCCAGGCCAAGUUCAUGUCCUUGUUCUACUGUUUUUUCACUCCUUUGCUCAACCCACUCAUCUACACCCUGAGAAACAAGGAUAUUAA